GGUACCGUGGAAAUCGGACGGUUGAUAAAAUGACACCAUUCGUGAGUCACUUACUUGUUUUGGUUCUGUUCUCGGCUUGCUGUGCCGCAGUCGGAGAUACCUGUGGACAAACGGACAAUCUUCCUGAUCCUUCGACAGAGUGCUGUGGACUUGAUCAAGCCGAUGACCACAGGGAGAUAAGUGGAAAUGCAGCUAUAAAUCAGUUCCCUUGGCUAGCACUCAUAGAGCACAAUGAAGGCAGGAUCACGUGCACAGGAGUUCUGAUAAGUUCCCGUCACGUGCUGACUGCCGCGCAAUGCCUGUAUCACGCCCCGAAGAAUGUACGUCUCGGCGAAUUUAACAAAACUCACAUCGGUCCAGAUUGUCUCAACAUUAAGGGCAAGAAGGUUUGCAACGGUGGUGCCAUCACCAUUCCCAUAGGAUCGGUCAUUGCACAUCCAGAGUUCACAAGACCUAAUUUCCAUGGACAUGACAUUGCUAUAAUUAAACUUGCCCAAAGGGUACCUUUUAACGAAUUCAUUCGCCCAAUCUGCCUUCCGCUAUCAGACAUUACAGCAUCGCCACCUGAUGGCUUCCGACUGAUAAAUGCAGGUUGGGGAAGUGGUCCCAGUAGCACUCAAGAGGAUGAUGUAGUGAAACAUUACGUAGAGCUGCCCUACGUGCCAUUGAAGAAUUGCCAAAAUAUUUACCAGUCAAAAUUAAACGAAUUGUCAUCAAAAAUCGGCGACCAACACAUCUGCGCGGGUGGUGAGAAAGGGCUCGACUCCUGCAGAGGUGAUGGCGGAGGUCCUUUGAUGUCUGAACAAAAUGGUCGAUAUACUUUAGAGGGGAUAGUGAGCUUCGGGCCAGUACCUUGCGGUAGAGAGGGAGUUCCAAGCGUGUACACCAGAGUUUACUCCUAUAUGCCUUGGAUACAAAGCGUUACAUCUUCCUAAAACAUAAUUUUAGUCUGACGAGGACAAUGUGAUAUUACCCUUUUCUAACACGGAAGGAAAUAUAAUUUUGCUUUAAUAAAAAUACAUAAAAACUA